AUGAAGGAGGCUCACGAGAGGCAAGGUUAUCUGAUUAGAGCAGACACCAAAUGCCAGCCUUGCUGCAACCAACCUACACGAUUGACAUUGGGUCUUCUGGUUCGGGUUCUUUUCUCCUUAGCUCGAAACCAGCCCUGUCCAAUGGCCUGUCCUGUGCACUCUUCUACAACUCAGAAUGUUGCAGUUAAGACGCCUAUCGGACCCAACACUUUGCCGUAUUUUUCCACUUCCGCGACUUCAUAUUUGAACUGGAAUCAGCCUCCACUACAUCAGGACAGUGAAGAGCCUACCACACCUGCCCGCAGGAGCGUUUGGUUGUACCAGUUCCUACGACGUCGUUUCCUGCCUAGUACCACCACUGCAACCAACAAUCCUCCAGUCACAUCUAACUUGCCCCUGUCGUCGGCAGAAUUUCGGUCACCAGUUAAGAAUACCGGGCUACAGCAGGCCACUGUUAUUCUUUGUCCCGGGCCUGAAUCAUUUCGGCUUUCUUUCAUCGACUCGGUUGCAUUUCAUCUGCUGGCUGUUUUUAUAACCUGGUCUAUCACUAUCAGCGUACUUUUAUGAUCUCGACUUUUCUUAAUUUUCCCCAGCCCCAGCAUCUUAUGGCUGCCAGAAUUCGCCGCUAAUCUACUUCAGCCGCAGCCUGCUUUCCGUAGUCUCCAGCUGACCCGUCACUUUGGUCUCCUACCUAGUGUCUCUUUGCGAGGUCUAAAAGCUCCUACCAGCUACUCCGCCUCAGCCGACACUGCUGUCAAUUUUCAAUCUGCUUUAUCAUCUGCGCCUUCGUUUAUGUGCGGAUCCAGUAUUUCUAGCAUUGUGCUUCAUCUUUUCGCCUUGUUUCUGCCCAGUCUCUGCAUAGCCUUGCUAACCCAACUGUUGCUUUACUUUGUCAGAAUUACACUUCGCUCUUCUCUCAUCUUGUCCAUUUGGUUAUUCCGGCCUCUUUUUUCGUCGACUCCUGGUGGACUGAGGCAAGUGCCAUAUCUUCAUUUCGAUUUUUCUCACUUCCUUCCCUUUAGA